CCGUCAAGUCAGAGACAGGACAAAGCAUCGUCAACAGUUACUGGGAAAUACUUCAGCCAGGGCAGUAUGUUGGGGCCGGCACCAGAUUCGUGUAUGACAGGGAGUCUAGUUCAUGCAAAGGGUCGUGUAUAUAUUCAGAUGGACCUACAACAGAGCCCGUUGUCGUACAAAUUCUCUACUAUGAGAAAAAUCCAGGUAUUUCCUACGAGUUUACUCUACCAAAGAAUGUUCCUUUUACUGCAUUUGAUGGAAUAUCUUCCAAUCAAAAUGCAGUUUCGGAAACCUCUUCAUUGUUGCCUACUAACAGACGUCAACAAAGUGUCGAUCCUAGUCCCAGGAGACGACACAGACAACAAAGAUAUCACUAUGACUUUAUACAUCCAAGUAAUGCCACUGAAUUUGAAGGCGAAUAUUACACUGGAUCUCAGAAUCAACCGGUUGACGACAGCAACUACUUGAAGAUCCUCAAUAGCCAGAUUUCGUUGGAUCAACGACCAAGUGUUGAAAGCAGCCAUUACUCCUGGAAAAUAUCAGGGUUUACAGAAUGUUCACAUUCAUGUGGCGGAGGCUUUCAAAAAACUAACAUCGUGUGUGUAUCAGUGGCUGGCAGGACUCAAGUUGUGGUGACACCGGAAAACUGCGCAGACAGCCUCAGACCAAAAGUUCAGACAGUUGAAUGUAAUACUUCACCGUGUGAACCCGCGUGGGAAGCCGAAGAAUGGUCCGAGUGCAGCGCAACCUGUGGAUCGGGUACACAGACAAGGACAGUGGAGUGUCGGCAGCGGUUUUCCUCCACGCUGACAUUGAAGGUGUCAGCCGACCAAUGCAGACAGGCUGAGAAGCCAGCUAUCGCCCAACAAUGUGAGAAAGGGUUGUGUACUCAAUGGAAAGUCGGUUCUUGGAGUGAGUGCUCCGCUGACUGUGGAGAGGGUAUGCGUUCCCGUCCAGUUGUAUGUCUACGCCGCUCUGUCGGUUCGGUAUCCUUGGUCAGAGAUGAGGAGUGUGAUGCGUCCGCCAAACCUGAGACUGAGGAGAGUUGUGUCAACACAGCAUGCAAUGCUGUCUGGUAUACUUCGCCCUGGUCCGAGUGUUCCGUAACGUGUGGUGAAGGUCAUCGCACAAGAGAGGUACGCUGCAUUGAAGAUAAUAGAAGACCGUCUCAUCGUUGCCCCAGCACAUCCAAACCUGAUGCUCGUGAAGUCUGUACAUUAGCUCAAUGUUUACCUAGAAACCAGCCCCACAGAACCAGUAGAAGAAAUGAUCUAAGUGAUACCUAUGCUGGUAGCAGCAGCAACAUAGACACCUAUGUUUCUCACAAAGACUCCACCAUCAGUGACUUUCACAGUGACAGAGAUGAGGCCAUUGAAACUGUGGGUAAUGACAGACACAAAGAAAGGUGGUCGUUUGCCCACAAUAAACAUUUCAGGACACAGAAUACCUGGUAA